AUGGGUCAAUUGAAUUCGACAAUGUUUUCAUUGUCGGAUGUAGAUAUGAUUGCAACAAUAAAUAAUGCCACACUUCAACUCGUCCGUUAUUGUUCAGUUUUUAUCUUUCUUUUCGGUUCGAUUGGGAAUAUUUUCAACGUGUUAAUUUUGUCUCAAACACCAUUUCGUCGUAAUCCAUGUGCUGUACUUUUUCUAUUCUCAUCCGUGGUUAAUUUUAUUGCUAUUCUUUCUGGUCUUCUUUCUCGGAUAUUGUCUGGUUGGGGAGCUGAUCUAACAGCAACAACUCGAUUUUUUUGUAAACUUCGUGGUUUUGUUGUAAAUAUUGCAAGAUCAGUAGCAAUUUGGUAUAUACUUUUUGCUAUAAUUGAUCGAUGGCUUUUAUCAAGUCUUAAAUUACACCAUCGACAAAUGAGUUCAUUGAAAAACGCUAAACGUGCCAUGAUUAUCAGUCUCAUGUUGGCUAUUGUGGUUUUUUCACACAUUAUCUAUUGUCAUGAGCCAAAUCUUAUCAAUGCUCCACAGAAAUGUUAUGGUAUAACAAUAGCAUGCCGAUUCGUGACUGAUAUAUCAUUUAUACUUCUUGCUAUUGUUCCUUUACCUCUCAUGUUAAUGUUUGGUUUGAUGACUAUCUACAAUAUUCGUCAGUCACGGGGUCGAGUAGCUAAUAGAAAUACAUCAAUCGUGACAAAUACGGUGACAGCUACUACGAAUCAACGACAUCGAAUGACCAAGCAAGAUCAAAAUCUAUUAAUUAUGCUUCUUGUACAAAUUUGUAUUCUUUUCAUAUUAUCUAUUCCGUUGGCUAUUCAGAAAUUACACUCAGCAAUAGUGACUGGCAGAACACCAUCUGCGUUGCAAGUAGCCAUUGAAGAUUUGGUGUAUAAUCUUGCUCAAUUACUUCAUUUCGUAGCAAAUGGAAUGCCAUUUUAUAUUUAUACGUUGGUCGGCGGCAAUGUCUUUCGUAAAGCCUUAGCCAAAUUCUUCAUCCAUAUAAGACAUAAAAUCUUGCAUAGAUGCCGAUGA